AUGGAGAAUAUUGAAGAAGCAAGUAACAAUUUAGGUGUCAAGUCAAGUGAUCAAGUGGCCGACACUGAGAAUCAUUCAGAUCUAAAUCAAGAAGAGGACCCAAGUUUGGACAACAACUCCCAAAUGUUGGUUCUCCAGACUCCUCCAAAGCCGUUCAACAUGCAUACUCGGGAAGUUGACGACAGUGAUGAUUUCGUUGGGCAUGUCCCUCAAUGUGUUUCGUCUAGAUCGACACAUGAUACAUCUUAUGGAGAAGACGAGGAUGACGACUUUGUCGAACCGGUACCUCAGUGUGUUUCGGGUGGUCAGACACAUGAAACCCUGGUUGGAGAAGACGAGGAUGAAGACUUUAUCAAACCGGUACCUCAGUCUCAAAGCCGUGAGGAACACGCAAGAAGACGUCGUGAAAAAGAUAAGGCUGAUGACGAAUCACUCAUGAAAUCCUUUAGAGCCGUUGAGCUAUAUGGAUUUGAGGAUGUAGAAGCUUCGUCUAACAACGAAGCAGUUAACGAUUAUACCGUCUAUGAUAUUGACUUCACUCUAGCAGAUGCUGAUAUGUACACUGGGAAGCUAUUCAGUAGCAAGCAAGAAUUCAAGAUCAGUUUGCACAUUUAUGCCUUAAAGCAGGUGUUCAGGUUCAAGUUCCACAAACAUGCGUUUAACUACGUCGCAGCGAAAUGCAUUGAAAAAAACUGCAAAUUUUAUGUUAUGGCUAAGCAAUUGGGGGAAUCUUCGACAUAUCAGGUGAGGAAGGCGCAACUGAAGCAUGUCUGCACAUCUGAUGCUAAAGCGCAAUAUAAGAAACAUGCGACGUCGAAAGUAAUAGCUGCACUAAUGAGAUCGAAGUAUGAAAGGCUCCAAGCUGGACCGCGCGCAUCUGAAUUACCCGAGAUGCUCCGGAGUGAGUUCUUGUUUACAGCCACAUAUUGGAAAUGUUGGAAAGCAAAAGAGUUAGCAACUGUGGCUGCACAAGGAACAGAAGAGAGCUCUUACAAGCUCCUGCCGAAAUAUUUUUAUGUUGUAAAGUAUGCAAAUCCUGGGUCCAUUACUAAUAUCAAAACUGAAAAAGAUGAUAAGGUUCAGACAAGGUUUAAGUACGCGUUCAUGGCGCUGAAAGCUUGCAUUGACGGGUGGAAGCAUCUACGGAAGGUUAUUGUGGUGGAUGGUACUCAUAUGUUUGGGAAGUACAAAGGGUGUUUACUAACUGCAAGUGGGCAAGAUGCCAAUUUUUCAGGUAUUCCCUAUAGCGUUUGCUGUUGUAGACAAUGA